AGAAGUCAUAUUAAAGGAGUGAGUCCUGCGCUAUCCUUCCUCAGCCGCAGUUCAUUCUAGACAACGACAACGCUAAAAUGGCCACCCAGGAGCAGCAGCCCAAGUGGACGCGGCUGCCUAUCCGCACGCGGCCCCAUCGCAACCCACUCGCCGAAAACGAUGACGAGCGCCCCGAGAGUCCUGCGCAGUUUGCGGAGCGCUACUCCGAGUUUUACCCGAACAUGCCCAACCCUGUUGUCGAGUUUGUUGAUGUGGGCUGCGCCUUUGGUGGGAUGCUGUUUGCUCUCGGCGAACUCUUCCCGCAGACGUGCAUGCUGGGCCUCGAGAUUCGACCCAAGGUGGUGCGCUUUGCACGAGAGAAGACGCUCGCCCUGCGGCAGGAGAACGCGGCGUCGUCGACACAGCACUACCGCAACAUUUGGUUUGAGCAGAUGAACGUCAUGAAGUUCGGCUCCAACUGCUUUGUGAAGGGGCAGCUGUCGCGGCUCUUCUUCUGCUACCCGGAUCCGCACUGGAAGCGCAAGAACAUUCGACGUCGCAUUAUUUCACCUGGACUGGUGCAGGAGUACGCGUAUUGGCUGCGCCGCGGCGGCCUCCUCUACACCGUCUCCGACGUUGAGGAGGUGGAGGAGUGGAUGGUGCAGUGUCUCGACGAGUCUCCCCUGUUUCGCCGCCUGACGGAGGCGGAGCUGAGCAGCCCGGAGCAGAAAACGGUGCUGGAUGUGGUGACGGACUCCAGCGAGGAUGCGCAGCGCACGGUCCGCAAAGGACUGAAGAAGAACUUCGCCGUGCACGUGCGUCUCUAA